ACACUUCCGCCCCUCAGCAACAUGGCCGCAGGCCGGGAGUGCGCAUGAGCAGCCGUCCAUGGAGCUCUCCGAGUCCGGAGAGGGAGAACACGGUCGGGGGAGAUCGGCGGCUGAGGCGGCCUUGGCCGACGUAGCAGGGGCUCUUGCUGGGCCCUGCUGGCCCGAGCGUGCACGCCACAACAUCCCGUCCGCGUUUCCGUGUCGCAUCCCCUAAUGCUCAGGAAAUGCUUCCGGAUGUCCAACUAAGAUUUGAAUAAGCGGCCUGACCCCGUUGCUGGGUGUCCUCCGAGGCUGCCCCUGGCUGACAGCUGUGGGCGAUAGAGACGCCUCCUGUGCCCUGCCGUCUCUUCCAUCGCCUCCUCCUGCAGUCAGCGCAGCAAGCCUCGGAGGGGCACUUCCUCCGUAGGUUUGAGGAUGGACAGGACUUAACACUCUGGCCUGUGAGGCGGGAGAUACAAAGGCUUCCAAAGAAGGACCAGUUCCUUGGAUGUGCCCCCUUACAGAGAGAUGAAGGGGCAGCAGAAAACAGCUGAAGCGGAAGAGGGGACAGUGCAGAUUCAGGAAGGAGCGGUGGCAACUGGGGAGGACCCCACCAGCGUGGCCAUUGCCAGCAUCCAGUCAGCUGCCACCUUCCCUGACCCCAACGUCAAGUACGUCUUCCGAACUGAGAAUGGGGGCCAGGUGAUGUACAGGGUGAUUCAGGUGUCUGAGGGGCAGCUGGAUGGCCAGACUGAGGGGACUGGCGCCAUCAGUGGCUAUCCUGCCACUCAGUCCAUGACCCAGGCGGUGAUCCAGGGUGCAUUCACCAGUGACGAUACGGUUGACGCCGAGGGGACAGCUGCCGAGACGCACUACACUUACUUCCCCAGCACUGCCGUGGGCGAUGGGGCCGCGGGUACCACCUCGGGGAGCGCGGCCGCGGUUGUCACGACGCAGGGCUCAGAGGCACUGCUGGGGCAGGCGACCCCUCCCGGCACCGGCCAAUUCUUUGUGAUGAUGUCGCCACAAGAAGUGUUGCAGGGAGGAAGCCAGCGCUCCAUUGCCCCAAGGACUCACCCUUAUUCCCCGAAGUCAGAAGCUCCGCGGACCACUCGGGAUGAGAAACGCAGGGCUCAGCAUAAUGAAGUCGAGCGCCGCCGCCGAGACAAGAUCAACAAUUGGAUUGUGCAGCUGUCCAAGAUCAUCCCAGACUGCUCCAUGGAGAGCACCAAGUCUGGCCAGAGUAAAGGUGGGAUUCUCUCCAAAGCCUGUGAUUAUAUCCAGGAGCUUCGACAGAGUAACCACCGGUUGUCUGAGGAACUGCAAGGGCUUGACCAGCUGCAGCUGGACAAUGAUGUGCUUCGACAGCAGAGCGGGCCUCGUCCUCUUCCCCUCACUAGUGGAUGCCUGAAGAAGGUCAGAAAAGUGCCAACUUUUCGACUUACCCUCCUCAUCGCCUCCUUUCCGCGUCAGGUGGAAGAUCUUAAAAACAAGAACCUGCUGCUUCGAGCUCAGUUGCGGCACCACGGAGUAGAGGUCGUCAUUAAGAACGACAGCAACUAACUAUGGGGACUCCGGGGCUUUGGGCCCUACAGCCCCUUUCUGAGAACUACAGAUAGCCCAGGAGCAGCAGGCCAACCCCGUGCCCCUUUCCUUCACUGCCCACUUCUGGCGUGGGACCAGGGGGAGUCAGAAGGCGUGGCUUUGAACUGAGGCCCUGUGAUCCGGCAGCCUGCAGUGGUGUGAAACACACGCGUGGGCGGGCGCGGACAGCCUUGCCCAGCCCAGCCCCUGGGCCCUUGUGCCCCUCUUGCGCAUGCAUGUGCUGUCUCCAUGCUGGAUACUGGACACCCAGAACCGGGGGUGGGGGGAGCUUGCCCCGUGCUCGCUUAGAGUGCCAGCAGAGGGUCCGCUAACGAGUGAUGCUCUGGCCUGCCCCAGGACUCUGGCGCUCUCUUCCACUGGUUCUUCCUCACCCUGGAGCUCAGAUGUGCACCUGAGGACUCUGGGGAACAGGCUUUAGCAAGAAGUGGGGAAAAGGAUGCUUAGCAGUGGCCGCUGCCCCCAGGAAGAGGAGACUGGCCGGCAAGCAUCUGAGGCCUAUGCAGAAGUCUCUGGAGCCGGGGAGAACAACAGACAGGGGCCCACUUGGGGCCUUCCCCCUUGUGGGGACGGUUUUUCUUUUACUUUCUUUUCUUUUCUUUUUUUUUUUUUUUUUAAAGAUAAAAUGUUCAGAGCCACA